AACUUUCGGUGAUUUUGAACAUGCGUCCCCGUUCAGGACUUCUAAUCCAAGACACCAUUCAAAGCGGAAGCAGACGGACUUUCAACAUGGCGGAGACUCAUAGUUUGCAAGACAUGCGGCAGCAAGCGGCCAUCGCUUCCAAAGUGUUUGUUCAGAGAGACUACUCCACAGGAACCACCUGCCAGUUCCAGAUGAAAUUUCUGCCAGAGUUGGAGAACAGGAUCGACAAACAGCAGUUCGAGGAGACGGUGCGCACGCUGAAUAAUCUGUACGCUGAAGCGGAGAAGAUAGGGGGCAAAUCCUACCUGGAAGGCUGCCUGGCCUGCCUGACUGCCUACACCAUCUUUCUUUGCAUGGAGACGCACUACGAAAAGGUUUUGAAGAAGAUCGCCAAGUACAUCCAGGAGCAGAAUGAUAAGAUCUACGCUCCUCGAGGCAUGCUCAUCACAGACCCCAUUGAGCGAGGACUCCGCGUGAUUGAAAUUACCAUCUAUGAAGACAGGAUUGGAGGAAACGGAAGAUAAAAGCUACCAAAGCAAUCCACAGGUUAAAAAGCUGCAAGGGCUGCCUGAUCCUGAUUCAGCGACUGCUCUCCUACCUCCUACCUGAUUGGUUGACUUGGCCUCCUACCCGAUUGGUUGACAUCUCACCUGGUGGCCGCCCAAUGACAGAACACACU